CUUAGUUGUUUCCCUGUAACCUCGGUUUCAAACUGUCAUGGCAGCUUCCAUGAAAAAUAAUACUUUUGACAGUUUACAAAUACUUCUAAGAUUAUUGAAUGAUAUUGAAAAGAAAAAGAUACUAACUAAGACAACUUGUAAAGGUUACCAUGAUCUGUUUAAACCAUGGACUUUAAAAAAUGAAGAAAAAGAUGAGGAAAAUAAAUCUAAAGAGAAAUCAGCAGCUCCCCUGACUGAUGAAGAUCCACUGUCAUCUGUUGAAAAAGCGGAGUUGGAACUAGUAACUAAACUUCUGUCAAAAGCUGAGAAAGCUUACAAAGUAAAAGAAAAGCUUGCAGAACCAAAAAGAUCUAAAAAUGAUAUCCAUGAUGCUACAAAACUCUUAAAACACAACCAUGAAGAAGACCUAGAUCAUCAGACCGAAACAUUGAAACCGGGAAAGGAAGAAUACGUAGAUGAAGAAAGUGUAAAAAACAAUACUGUGAGAACUUCUUCAGAGCUCAAGCCAAAGAUUAAUAAUUAUAAAACAGCUGGUUCUAAAUCAAGUGCUACUGUGGUUACAAAAUCUGCUUCUAUAGAAAUUGAAAAAACUAAGAAUGCAGUGAAUAAUAAGGUUAAACCAAGAACAGAAAUCAGAAAACCUCAAAAAACAUUCCAGUCUCAUAUAAAAGCACCGUUUCAAACAAAUUCAUCCAUACCAUUUCCUAAAAAAUCUACCUCUAUUACAAAAACUGCCCCUCAAAUUCGUCCAACAUCAGCUAGUAGAUAUAAACAAGUUAACAAAAGUUCCUCCAAUCAAAUUGUACCAAAGAGUUCUGCCAGUCAGCCUUCAACUAGAAAUAAGGAUGUGUCUCAGAAAAGAGGUCAAGUUGAAGGUCAGAUUGAAAAAGUACAGUCUGCACGAUCAGGUCAAUUAUCAAAAUUAGCUGAACAGGAGGACACAGACCAUUUUGAAUUGCAUGAUGGGAAGAAUUCUGACAAGGGAGAUAAUUGUACAGACUUCAACAACAUGGAACAAGAUAAUCAACAAGUUUCAGCAGACUUAUUAGCCAAUCGUUUGUCUCAGCUCAAUGUACCAGAAAAUAAACCAGCUGGAAAACAGAAAUUUGACCUUCUGAGAGAUGGUUGCCAUCUUACAAUUCCUGCUAAACUGAAAAAGUAUGCUGCUCACAACAGAAAAUUGAGACAAAAGUAUGAAAUGUAUAAAAUGACAAAGAAAGUUGACGGGCAACAUUCAUCAAUGAAAAUCUUAGCUGGUAUUGAAUCAACUUUUACAGAUAUAGAAGAAUGGGUGUUGAUGAAGAAUAUCACAGACAUGACAAAUAUAUACACCAACUUAAGAAAAUACCUCAAUUCACUGGAUCUGCAGAACAUAUCAGACUCUUCAUCAGUGUAUGAGAUAUUAAGAUCUAGAAAAGCUUUAGAGAUGAUCCUGUCAACAUUUCAACAAGUGGAAGAACAAAGAGGACAAUUAGAUACAGGCUGUAUGGAUAAUGCAGAUUAUAUAGGUACCUGCCAUGUAGAUGUUACAAUACCACCACCCCUCCACAGACAAAGUAUAUGGUUAUCUGAGUCUUUUAUCAAAGAUAUGUGGUUGCCAAGUCCACCAGCCAGCAUGCAAUAUAGGUCUGUCCGACAACUAGAACGAUACACCUCACUUCUGUUCCAGUUACAAUACAGUCAGUUCCAGUCGUAUAUACAGGAGGUUUUUGCCAAAGAUAUUCUACCAUUUCUAAAGUCACUUCAUCCUAAGUCUAGUGAAUUCAUACUCAUUUUGAGAGCCUCAUUUUCCCUUCUGACUAGUGAUGAGACAUUUCCUGUUAUUGUACAGGACACAAUACAGGAACUAGAAGAAAGUAUUGGAGGAGAUGAUAGCUGAUACAUUCCUUAGUAGAGACAUCUUAUAAGUUGUUAGCAUGUCAUGUGAAAUCAACCUUAAUUAGACAGACAAGAAGGUGAUGAAGGAGAAAUUAGUUGACACUCUCCUUAACAACUCUUUUUAUCCCUUUAGCAUGUCAUGUUAAAUUAGUCAUGCUUAGACAGACAAGAAGAAGGUGAUGAAGAAGAAAUUAGUUGAGACUUUUCUUCAAAAAGAACUCUUUUAAUCUUCUUAACAUGUCAUGUGAAAUCAAUAGACAUUCUUAAAACAGUUAG